CGGGUCACCAGGCAUCAGGUCAUUUGGCUCGACAGCGGGCACGCGUCAUCUGGCAAGGUAGUGGGCUCCGAGUCAACAGGCACGACAGUGGGCACCGGGUCAUCAGGUACCGGAUUGUCUGGCUCGACAGCAGGCAUCGGGUCACCAGGUAUGACAGCGGGCACUGGGUCACCAGGCAUCAGGUCAUUUGGCUUGCCAGCGGGCACCGCGUCAUCUGGCAAGGCAGUGGGCACCGGGUCACCAGGCAUUGGAUCGUCUGGCUCGACAGCGGGCAUCGGGUCACCAGGCAUCAGGUCAUUUGGCUCGCCAGCGGGCACCGCGUCAUCUGGCAAGGCAGUGGGCACCGAGUCACCAGGUACGACAGCGGGCUCUGAGUCAAUUGGCACGACAGCGGGCACCGGAUCAGGUACCGGAUCAUCUGGAUCAACAGCGGGCAUCGAGUCAACUGGC